CACAGUACGCUCUUUUAUUCUUUUUGUAAUCUUGGCACUUGAAAGGUCAUGUCCUUUGCCCGAGAUUAACUCCAUCUACAAUAGCACGGAUUUCUAGGUGGCCAGGGUUUUACUGUGUUGUUCACGAUGCUGCUUUGGACUCUUAAGGCUUCCAGAUGAUGGUCUGUUGGUAGAAGAAGAGCCUGGAUUUGGGUGAUCUGCCUGGGUUGGAAGGGUGGUUAAUAACUGGGAUUGGAGGCAGGUUGAGGCGGCAAGCCCACCUCCUAGGAGUGGCCUUCCAACAGGUAGCUGGUCCCCCAGGCUGGGGCUGGGGAAUGAGGAAACGUCCCCAGAAACGAAUGGGGAAAAGAAGAGUAGAACAGUUUCCUGGAGGUUGGUGCCUGUACAUCUAAAUGUGCUCUGAGCUCUGCCCGAGCUGUCCCUUUGUCUCCGUGGGAAUCUUGUCUCCCCUCUAAAGGCACCACAUCAGUGAACUAAACUAGCUUUAUUCCCACUUUGUCUACAUCGUAGACUUGAGUCCUGCACGGUAACCUCACAAAUUAACUUAUAUGUAUACAAGUUAUUUCGGCUCAUCCCCUGGAAGUUUAGACAGGUGUGAUAAACAACUUAUGUUCUGCCAACAGUGAGUGAAGGGGACUAGCCCAUGGCUUGAAUAAGCAGGGAUGAUUUUUUCUGUACCAGUAAAACACUUGAACACACUGGGAAGGUUUUUUGUUUUUUUCUUUGAAUUGGUAGACUGAACUUCACAAUGACCCGAAAUUAUGGUUUGAAGUCGGUAAUACCGACUCUAAGGAAAUAGGUGUCUGUAUCACAACGGAAAGUGUGCUUCAUCUACCAUCAAAACACUGUGCACUUGACUCCUGCCACCCAGGAGAAGCACAGACAGGUGGAUUUAUAUGCAGAAGGACCUCUUACAGCACACAGGAGGAUGGAGAGUUGUGCUGCAUUCAAGCCAUUUAAAGGAACACGUUGAUUCCGGGGAGUUGAUGCUGAACUGGUGGGGGAGGAGAAGCAUUGUUUUCAGAUGAAAUGCAAGGAAACUGUUCCUCUUCUCUCCACAGACAGUUUGGUGAUCCAGGACGUGCCCCAGCUCUAGUGAUGCAGAUUGCCUUUCUGCUCUGGAACCUCAUCCAUGCCUCAGACUUGCUCCUCUCAACCUGAGACUGCGUGGAAACUGGGAUGUGGGAAGCAGGAAGCAGAGACAGUGGUAACUGAGAGGCCCAUGUCUGGGUAGAACCAGGUCCGGGACCACAACGCUGCCUCCCCCCUGGCCUGGCGCUCAGCUGCUGUGGCUCUGCUGAUGUGCUCAGCACCGUCCUUCUAUUUGUACUUAAAUGGCACAGCAUUUGGUCAGCGCAUCUGAAAAGGAAGGUGUGAGAGACAAAGCCCAUGGCCACCUACCCCUGCCAAUUAUGUGGCAAGACGUUCCUCACCCUGGAGAAGUUCACUAUCCACAAUUAUUCCCACUCCAGGGAGCGACCUUACAAGUGCUUGCAGCCAGACUGUGGCAAAGCCUUCAUUUCCAGAUAUAAAUUAAUGAGGCACAUGGCUACCCAUUCACCCCAGAAAUCCCACCAGUGUGCUCAUUGUGAGAAGACUUUCAACCGGAAAGACCACCUGAAAAACCACCUCCAAACGCACGACCCCAACAAGAUGGCCUUUGGGUGUGAGGAGUGUGGGAAGAAGUACAACACCAUGCUGGGCUACAAGAGGCACCUGGCCCUCCACGCGGCCAGCAGCGGCGACCUCACCUGCGGGGUCUGUGCCCUGGAGCUAGGGAGCACUGAGGUGCUGCUGGACCACCUCAAGGCCCACGCCGAAGAGAAGCCCCCUAGUGGAGCCAAGGAAAAGAAGCACCAGUGCGACCACUGUGAAAGAUGCUUCUACACCCGGAAAGACGUGCGGCGCCACCUGGUGGUCCACACAGGCUGCAAGGACUUCCUGUGUCAGUUCUGUGCCCAGAGGUUUGGGCGCAAAGACCACCUCACGCGACACACCAAGAAGACACACUCACAGGAGCUGAUGAAAGAGAGUCUGCAGUCCGGAGACCUUCUGAACACCUUCCACUCCAUCUCUCCCCAGUUCCAACUGAAGGCUGCCCCACUGCCUCCUUUCCCUUUAGGGGCUCCUGCACAGAACGGGCUUGCAAGCGGCCUGCCAGCUGAGGUACACAGCCACACCCACGGCCCCUCGGAGCAAACCUCCCAGCCUGUACCCGCGCUGCCAGAGCUCCUGGCGCCGCUCCACCCCGCAGCAUCCCCCAGCUCUCCCCCCCCACCCCUCCAGAAUCACAAGUACAACACCAGUUCUACCUCAUACUCCCCACUUGCAAGCCUGCCCCUCAAAACGGAUACUAAAGGAUUUUGCAAUACCAAUUUGCUUGAGGACUUGCCUCUGCAAGAGCCUCAGUCACCUCACAAGCUCAACCCAGGUUUUGAUCUGGCUAAGGGAGGUGCUGGUAAAGUAAACCUGCCCAAAGAGCUACCUGCAGACGCUGUGAACCUAACAAUACCUGCCUCUUUGGACCUUUCCCCUCUGUUGGGCUUCUGGCAGCUGCCCCCUCCUGCUACCCAAAAUGCCUUUGGGAACAGCAGUCUCACCCUGGGGCCUGGGGAAUCUCUGCCCCACAGGUUAAGCUGUCUGGGGCAGCAGCAACAAGACCCCUCACUCGCCAUGAGCACUAUGAGCCUGGGCCAGCUCCCCCUGCCCCCCAUCCCCCACGUUUUCCCAGCUGGCACUGGUUCAGCUAUCCUGCCUCAUUUCCACCAUGCAUUCAGAUGACUGGUUUUUAAAGCGUACCUUUCUUAUUCUGGAAGAUGUUUUAAGAAGCAUUUUAAACAUCAGUUAGUUAUGAUACAAGGAAAGAGUGAGAAAGCAGGACUGGAAUAUGGCUUAUUCAGUGAUGACUGGCUUGAGAGAAGAGAGUUCUCGAACUGCAUGUAUUGUGCCAAUCUGUCCUGAGUAUUCAUGCUUUGUACCAAAUUUAAUAAGCAAGUAUUCUUUAAUGGAACUGCAACCAUUGUCAUAACCGACAUCCAUACGAGGGCUGCUAUAUAUAGGUGUUUGUCAAAUUGAACUUAAUCGUAAGCCAUGAUCAUAAUAAUGUUAACUAAAUAACUUUAUGUGGCACUGCCUAGUAAGGGAACUAUGGAAAGGUUUGGAUUUCUCCAAAAUGGGAGAAUUUUUAAAAUAAGAAAAUAACCUUUAUAUUGCAUAUUAUGACUAGGCUGUGUAUUUCUUUUCAGGGAUUUUUCUACCUUCAGGGUUGGAUGUAGUUUAGUUACUAUUGCCAUAGCCAACCUAUAGUUUUACAGAAACAAUUUCUUGUGGAAUAAUAGAUGUCUCCAUUUUAAAAAAGCAUUUUAAAUGUAGUUUGAAUAUUUUCCACAGGAUGCUACAAUGUGAGUUAUCACUUCAUUUAUCUUAAAGACUAAACUGAUUGUCAGUUACAUCUGACAGAAAAAAAAAAAAAAAUCACUGUGUAACCAGGUUAAGCGGUAAAAUAAUCCAGGCGUCAGUCAAAAAAAGCAUUUUACUGACUUUAAUAUUGAUUAUAUUUUUAACAGGAAUUUAAGAAUAUUACUGGAAUUAAAAAAAUAUAUAUAUAUAUAUAUAUUAAACAAGAAUUUCCUUUGCUCUGUCUGGCUUAAAAUACUACUCUGCUUAAGUAUUUUUAAUCACCAAUAAGUAAAUGCAUUUUAAAAUUCAUCAUUUAAGUCAAUAUUAGUUUUAUUCAAAAAAGAUAACGUUUUACAAUGUAACUAUAUCUCUUGAAUUUGGUAUCUAAUGAGUUUUUAAAAUAUAAAACCUAACCUUUUUUUAAAGCUCCUUUUGU